UUGGGACGAGGCUGCCCAGGACCUGGCUCUUCGCGUUUUUCUCUAUUCGUUCUUCUGCGAAGGUGUUUUUCCUCAGACUUGCCAAGCUCAGAUCUUUCCUCGGGGCCUUGGCCUGCGGGUGAGGACUCCCCACCCUCUUCGUCCUUUGAGAGCCAUUGUGGCACCAUUAGAAGCUGGGUUGAUCCAAAGACAGACAGAUGGCUGAAAGUGGUGAAAAAGAAAAAAUAAAAUGGACAACCACCGUUAUUAUUAGCUCAUCUCUUAAGAGUUACGAAGUUGCAACUGCCCUAGAAAAUCGAAGCCACAAGAUUCGGUAUUCAGAUUCAGUGGAAAAUGGAUCAAUUAUAUUUUCUCUUUCUGGUGUUGCAUUUUUAUUGAUGGAUGCUAAAGAAUGCUUUACGUCAGCUGAAGAAAUACUUCUAGCCAAAAUUGAGAAGUUUAUUAACAUUCACCGAAACAGUUUUUUGGUUCUUUCUGCUGCCCUUCAUGGGCUUGAGGAAUGGAAACUGAUGUUCAGGAUUCAGCAGAGAUUCCUGGGUAGUAACUUACGGAUACUUCCAGUACACAACGCAGUAAAUGCUGUUAAUCUUAUGUGCACUAUAGCUAAGAUUGCCUCCAAACCAUAUAUAGGUAGCAUCUGUUAUAGAAUGAUAACAACCAAAGCUUACAUCGUUGAGCAAAGUCCUGUUUGGAAAACACUUCAAAAGAUAAAACUUAGUAGUGAUUCAUUUAACCCAAAUUAGAGUGUAAAUUAUAAAUGUUCUUUUGGAAGAAUACUGAAAUAAUUAGACUGGUUAAGUUAUAAUGUUCAAAUAUAUAUAUUUACUUCAAAGAUUUUUAAAUUAACAUAAUAAAAUGUAUACAAUUAAAAGUGAUUUUAUUGUGUUUUGUUGAAUAGUUCCUUUACUAACAUUUAGAAAAAAUUGGUACAUACAUAUAAAACUCAGAUUUAGUUUCUUAAUGAUACAAAUUAAGUUGGAUGGACAAAUAUUUACUAGAAAAUAAAAAUAUGGCAUUUUCUAAUUAGCCCCUUAGACUAACGGAAAAGUCAUGCAUACUUUUUAGCUUUUCCACAGGGGCAAUCAG